AUGCCUACCAAAAGAACUUUGCUUCUGAAUGAAGUAGAAUUGUUGUAUGUCAAAUCAAAAGUAUACUUGCACCCAUCACCAUCUAAAAAAGAUAAUAUUGCUGGGUUUUUGACACUUUCAAGACCACCAAGAGCAACCAAUUUAGAAAUACUAUUAUCGUAUGUUCCAGAAUCACAAUUGUCAACUGAAGAAUUAAAAAUUUAUCAACAAGUUGAUGUUGAAGAUUUAGACUUGAAUUUAAAUUCAGUAAAUAACAUCAAUCAUGAUCAUCAUAAACAAAACAAGGUUUCGACGUCAAGAAUUGUGUCUAAACCUAGUCAAUCAGUGUUAAUUGGAUAUGCAUUUAAUGUUCAAUUGUCAUUUAUUUAUUCAAUUCAAUUUAGAACUCCAUCACAUGGAUAUUGGUAUGGAUCAAUCGUAUUGAAUCUUCAUGAUGGGGAAAAAUUACCAAUUUUGUUCUUCCAUGAUGAUGAAAGUCCACUGAGUGUAAAAUCACAAAAACUACAAAAUCAACGGUUUGAUCCAUUUGGUAAUGAUGGAGAAUUAUAUUGGGGUGGUUUAGAUUUUUUGAAAGUUUUACAACAAUUGAUUAAUGUGCAACGCUCAACUAUUGAACCAUCAGUUUAUUUGAUCAAUCCCGAAUCAAAUGAUUUAAGGAAUUUUGCCCCCUUUAAGGAAAAACCAGCAUUACCAGAACCAUCGCAGGAACCAUUUAAAUUACCUGAUGUGGCCAAGUUUUUCAAUACUGCUAAAUGGAAGGUUUUGUCAACAGUGGCCACAUUAUCUGCUAAAACCAAAAAUCAAGUAUUGGAUAUAAUUGAAGAUAAUGCGCCUAAACCAAUAAAAGAUCUAGUGUUACAACAACCGGAAGUGAUUAAGAUUGGUGAUGAGUUUGAUUCUGCAAGAAUAUAUUUGGCCAAAUGGGCACAGCAAGUGAAGGAAGAAGCAGAACAGAGUCAAGGUGCAUAUAUGUUGGAUGAUAAAUUGUUUAAUAAAAUCAACCGAGAAUUAAAUUCAACAGAAAUGUUGACCCAAGAAGAAAUCAAUAAAACCACCAGAAGAAAUGAAAUCACUUUACAAGAAUGGCAAGGAUUUUUUGAUUAUAGUGGGAGAUUAUUGAUCACUGUUGACGAAGUGAAAAGCCGGAUAUUCCAUGGUGGGUUGAAUCAAGAUGUACGUAAAGAAGCUUGGUUAUUUUUAUUGGGGGUUUUCCCAUGGGAUUCAAGUGAAGAAGAACGUAAAACUUUACGUGAAUCAUAUGAAACUCGAUAUGAAGAACUCAAAUUGAAAUGGGUAAAUGAUGAUGUGAAAAGAAAUACUGAUUUUUGGAAAGAUCAGAAGUUCCGUAUUGAAAAAGAUAUUAAUCGAACUGAUCGGAAUUUAGAAAUUUUCAAGAAUCCUAAAAAGAGAAAGGAGAGCAGAGAUAGUUCCACUGCUGAAAGUGAGACAAAUAAUGACAAUAAUACUCAAACAAGGGAAUCCACACCAGAGACUCCAGAUGAAGAAGACAUUGAUGACGAAUUUGAUAUUUCCAAUAUUAGAAAUCCACAUUUAUAUGCUAUGAGAGAAAUUUUGUUAACAUUUAAUGAGUAUAACGAGAACCUAGGAUACGUACAAGGCAUGACUGAUUUGUUAUCACCGUUAUACGUAAUUAUUCAAGAUGAAGUGUUGGUGUUUUGGGCAUUUGCCAAUUUCAUGGAACGUAUGGAACGUAAUUUUAUUCGAGAUCAAACUGGUAUGAAAAAGCAAAUGAAUACUUUAAACAAAUUAUUACAAUUUAUGUUACCUAAAUUAUAUAAACAUUUAGAAAUGUGUCAAUCAAAUGAUUUAUUUUUCUUUUUCAGAAUGUUAUUAGUUUGGUUCAAACGAGAAUUACAUUGGGAUCAGGUUUUAACUUUAUGGGAAAUCUUAUGGACAGAUUAUUAUUCUUCACAAUUCCAUUUAUUUUUCGCCUUGAGUAUAUUAAGCGAUAAUGAAAGAAUAAUAAUUCAAAAUUUGACACAAUUUGAUGAAGUGUUGAAAUAUAUGAAUGAUUUGAGUAUGAAAUUGCAUUUGAACCCUCUCUUGAUUAGAAGUGAAUUAUUGUUUUUGAAAUUUAAACGAAUGUUGGAUAUAAUUGAUCGUGAUAAUAGUUUAAAUGUUUUACAUCAUGAGGAUCCAUAUAAUAAUGGAAAUGCUACUGGAUGUGGUAGUGAAAACUCUAAUGCGGGUGAAAUUAUUGGAGAUGAAUUGAGAGAGUUGUUACGGAAAGAUUUAGUUAUUCAAAAAGAAGUUGAAAGACCCGAAGGUGUUGGCGGAGGUUAA